GAAACGCUGUGUUUUCUUCUAGGGUUCACGUGAGUUCAUCUUCACAGCUCCAGGAGAAGAGACGACUUCGUUUGCGCAGCCGAUCCUUCACCUUCCUUCCUUCCGUAACUCAUCUCAUUAACGCACAAUUACACCGCCGCUUAUACGAUUUGGCUUCUUCUAACGCUUCUCCAGUCUCCAUUAUAUAGCUGCUUCCAAGUUUCUCCGGUCGCUAACGCCGUCGUCGCCCGAUCCACAUUCAACUCUCUCCGUCUCGGACGAACUUCUCAGUUUGUUGUUGGUCGUCUAAUACGCUUCUGGGAUUCCCGCAACAUCAAGAAGAAUGGGGAGUUCAUGGGGAUCACGAUACUCCUCCUCGAUGAACUGGACUCGGUUAUUCACGGGUUCAUUCCCGCUAAUCGAGCGAGUCACUACCGUCCUGAUCUGAAGUCUGGUUCUAUAGUAAAAGUGGAUCGUUUUGAAGUUGCAAGGUGCGCUCACACGUACAAGAUCACAUAGCAUCAGUUCGUGAUCCGUUUCACCCCUUCCACGCGUAUCUGCGAGGUCCUCACUGACGCGCCUGUGAUCAACUCUGAAAAAUUCAUGGUGCGGCGCUACGACCACCUUCACGUUCUUUCGAACACGAACCUGGAGCUCCCCGACGUCGUGGGUGAGAUACGCUCUGUCCAAGGGUCCGAUCUCCGGAACGAUGCAGCAACAACCAGAGUGGUGGUCCGCCUCUUAAUCGAACCAGAUGUGACUGUCUACUUAUCUCUGUGGGAUGAGGCUGCAUCGACCUUCCGGGGUCUCUUGAAAGCUGGCGAUAAGACCAAGUCUUUGAUGUUGGUGACCACGGUCAAUCCUAAACUAUUUGGAGGUAACAUGUACUUGAACUCCACACCAGGGACUCGCUUCUUUUUCGACACCAGCCUCCCUGAGAUAGCAACGUUUGUCAGCAUGGUUGGAGGUGAAUCAUCCAAAGUGUUUCCUCUUGUCGACACUCUCCAAGGAAUUAAGAAGAAGGAGCUUGUCUCAAUAGCAGAUCUCAACACUUUCAUCUCCAACUCCAAUGAGCAGACUCAGGAGGCUGAUUUCUUCUGCAAAGCACGGAUUGUUGGUGUCGUCCAUGAGAAUGGGUGGUCCUUUGUGGCAUGCACUGGCUGCAACAGAAAAUUGGAGAGGAUUGGAACUUCACUAAGCUGCAACAGAUGUGUAACUGAUGCCGUUACCGGUGUUGUCAGGUUCCGUGUUGAGCUUGCUGUUGAUGAUGGCAACGAUAGCGCCACAUUUGUCGUCUUUGAUAAGGAGAUGACAAAACUUACCCAGCAAGAUGCUGCUGUCCUCGCCCUCGAUGAGGCUGCAAAUGGCGGAGAGGAGAACCUCCCAAUCUGUCUUGAAGAGCUAACUGAUAAGGAGUUUGUGUUCCAGAUACGUGUGACACCUUUCAACUUCACACCAAACCACCGUACUUUCACUGUUUCCACUAUAACUGAAGAUAUCAUCUCGCUGACCCAUGGCAAGGAGGAAGAUGAGAACAUUCUUGGAGGCAAUGAAGGUGACAGCGGGUUGAAAGCACCACCUUCGGGUCUGUCUGUUUUGAGAGAGAAUGUCGGGGAGGAGUGUGGUACCACAGAUCCCCCAGAGAUUGCAGUCACUCGGAACAACCGCAAGCGCUCCCGUGAGUGUAUAGAAUGAUCCAUUCCUAUGAACCCGUCAACUACUUAGUUUUUGCGCUUUAAAAUAAUUAUUACUAUCUUUGUUUCCAUUUCAGACUUUGCAUAAUUUCCUCUGCCAUCUUUUUCUGUUUGGAUAUUUAAUUUUUCUUUGCUUAUUAAUGAAAUAUUGACGGGUUCUACUUA